UGUGUCUGAAGGCACUGAUUAUAAAAUGUAAUUAUUACGUAAAAACAUUUGCUUGUGCUGCUUUUACAAAAUUAAUAGACUUAUUUGAGGAUCAUGAUUUAAAACUUGAUGAGGCAGCUGAUCGUUUAUUUAAAUUAUUUAAUAAAAUAGACAUAAGAGAAAGAAGACUUGGAUUCUGCGUACUCGGUAAAAUACUCGAACUCAAUAGUCUUCUAUCGCAAAAACGUUUGAAUUAUUUUUUUAAUCAAUUAUAUAAUGAUGCAUUGACAGAGUUUCAUAAUUAUCAGAAUACUGACAAAAGAAACAAAAGUUUUCAUACGUACUUCAAAGUUUUCGUGGUCAUAUUAAAGUAUAUUGAACCGGAGCAAACGAAACGAAACACAUUGUACAAAUAUAUUAAACAUUAUAGUCAACCGAAAACAAGUGGUGACAGAAAUAAAAACAAAGACAAUAGUGAAGCGAGGAACUGUGCAAUCAAUCUUUUAAGCUGUCAUGUAAACUUGUUUCAAGAUUUAUUAUAUCCCGAUUGCAAGUAUUGGUAUGAUGAAAUUCUUCGACGCCUGUCGCACCAGACAAUCAAUUAUAAUAAUGACGGAUACAACACGUUGAGAGCAAUUUAUCGAAUUAUCGGAAAGAUUCUUAAGGAUAAUAAUGAAGAAGAUACCGAAGCUAUAUUAUUAUAUUUUCUGGACGAUUUUGAGAAAGAAUUCCAAAAUGCCAACUUAAAUUUAAUCACAUUACGACUGCUUGUUUAUGGAUACAGUCAAAUGGCUGAACCGUGCAAAGUGCAUUUGGAUCAAAGGAGGAUCAGACGAAUGUAUUCUACUAUAACUAGUGCGGUUUCUCUUUGUUUCAGCGAGCAAAGUGAUUCGGCGUACAUAGAAAACGUCUGUUGUUAUCAAGAAGUACUGUCUGGCAUAUUGUGUCACAUGUCUGACAUCACGAUUGAACAAAUCAACGUUCUUGUACAACUCAGCGUCUACACGAUCAAAAGGUUUCCCGACAUAAUAGAAUCCAAGAAUCCACUUGUCAUUUCUGCGUUGAUCAGAACGAUUAGUAAUCUUGGAAUUAUCAAUCGAAAUCUGCUGCAACGAUAUCUCGACAGUAUAAUUUACGACGGCAUCGCAUGGAGUUGCUCGCACACGUUGGCGGUCGAUGCCGAAUUACAAUGGGAGCAGAAGAACCUACGACAGCGGCCGGUAUGCAAUAAAAACUAUCUGCCGCUGUGGACAGCACUGUUGAACGCGCACAAAUAUCGCACCGGCGAGCGCGAGCAGUUGGCGCAGCAUGUAGCGAAUACUCUGAUGGACAACUGCAUCACGCUGAUCGACCGACUGGACAUACGCGUAGAGGAAGCAAGAGAAAACGUCGACGCGCACUCCGACGCGAUUUUUCCUCAAAAUCUGGCCGUGAAUCAGGCGGACUUCCAUGUGUUCACGAAUCUCGUGGAUCUCUACGUUGAUGUGAUCGAGGCGUCGGAGUCGUCGCUGUUCGCCAAUACCGUGCAAAGAUUUCUCUACGAAAUCAUUCGACUGUCGUACAAGCAUCCGUUGGUGUCCGGCUUCUACAAGCUGGCUCGCGUCGGCAUGAAGAUCGUGGUUACGUUGGAGGGCGAAGAGGAAAGCAGAGAACUGCGGCAGGCGAAGGAAUGUCUGUCUAAUUAUCUAACGUACACGCUCGAUCUGCUUCCCGCGUUCUCCAACGAGCUGCUGAUCGCGUAUCUGCACCUGAUUCUAAACGCGCCUCUCGCUUACAUCAAAGAUGCGCUGCCGCGCAUGCUGCCGGUGUUAAAGAUCGCCUUCACCGUCGGUCUCAGCGAUCUAGAGCUCGCGUACACCGCGCUUGGCACCCUCGAGACGUGGACGAUGUCGCAAAAGCCGGAGCAAAAGGAGCACACGAACGAACUGCUGCACGAAGUUGUGGCUUACUUGGAGCCGUACUUGCGCAGCACGGAGAGCUCCGCCGAAAUCUCGCAGGAUCUGACGACGGAAACGGCGAGGAAGCACGUGAAGCGCGUUCACGUGAUCGAUACCGAGUGCACGCUGCGGAACUUCCAGCGGCGGGUGCUGCUGUUCUUCGGAUCGCUCAACCACGACCUGCUGUCCAACUUCGUGCACGAGCGCGCUUCCCGCAGCACCGGGGCGUCCUGGGACAGCAAGAGGUGCCUCAAGUACAGCUUGCCGCUGCCGGACGCACGGCCGGACAUCUACUUCGAUCGCGCGCUGCCGCGAAUAAUCGCGCUCGCGCGCGACUCCAGCGACCGGCGCACCAAGAUCGCCGCCUGCGAGGUUCUUUACUCCAUGAUGACGCUUGUUAUCGGCAACACGGCGCGACACCUGGUCGAUCCGGACAACUCCUUCAUCACUCUUUACGGCGUUCUCUGUCCAACCGUGCUCGCGCUCGGCUGCGACUUCGAUGAGGCUGUGCGCAACCUUUUCGAGCCAUUGACGCUCCAGUUGAUUCGCUGGUUGAGCUCCAAAUCCAUGCUGACAUUGCCGGUGAUCUCGUAUCUGCUUGACUCGCUCUUCGACGGCCUCACUGACGAUUCGAACCCCGCGUUGCGCGAUUUUUCCGGCAAGUGCCUGGGGGAAUUCACGUUUUCGCUAUUCCAGAAAGCGGACACUCGGUCAAACGUGCAUCAAAUUGUUCAGAGAAUCAUUCAGAGGAUGAAUUAUCUCGCGCUGCUCCCGUCGACGCAUAAACGCGUAGCCGCAGCCGUGGCUUUCAAUCAUCUCUACAGGAUUCUGCGAGAGCACGACGAAAUAGUGUCGAUCUACUGGCUGGAGAUAUUUUACUGUUUUGUCCGAAGUUCGGACGGAUGCGACGAUCUGUCGAUCGCAAACGCGCUGACUCACGUCGAGAGAGUAAUGAAAGCGAAGGCGGAUCUUUUGAAUGUCAACGAAAGCCGUCGACGCAAACCUCGCGAAUUCGAUGACGCGACUCUCGUCCACGCUUUACACUGGCUACUGUCGCAAUGCGGAGCCCUCGACGAACGUUAUCGUUCGAAGUGUAUGAAAUUGUACGUUAAUGUGUCUAAAUACAAUGAUAAUCAUGCGCGGGAGACGACGCGAGGCUUUAUCGCGACUUACGGGAUCGAGCGAUUGAACGGCAUUAUUCUGGGAGGCUUGGAGCUGUACGACGAGGGUGUCUCUGCAAUCGACAACCCGACACCGUUGUUGAAAGCUCUGGACUGCUACGCGUGGCUGAUUAAGAAACCGAUUGAGAAUCCGUCUAUUGAGGAACGAUUGCUGUCGGCGGAAGAACUCUUUUCCGACGCGGGCGAGCACGCGAUCUUCUCUCGCAUUCGUAAUUUCGCUCAGCAGUUCUGGCAAACGAUCGCUGAAUCCUCGACGGAAACGUUUGCGUCGAGAGAGCUGCAGACGCUGCAGAUGCUGCGCUGCAGAACUCUAAUGGCUGCAUUCGACUUUAUGCAGGAGCUGCUGAAUGUCAACGCUCUACCGGAAUCGUUAUGGGCCGAGGAGGCGCUUUCUGCGCUAAUGAUCAAAUGCAUAAUGCAUCCGCGCGCGGUCGGCUUCAACGUCGGCAACAUCGAGAUGACAAACAAGUUGCCACACGUACUCGAGAUUCUGCUGAAUUCCAUGAGAUCCAAGUUUGGCGAUGCUCUACCGAACGUCUUUAAGACACACCUUUCGCAUUUCGUUCACAGAUACCUGACGGAACUUCUCGAUUUGCAGUACAUCAUGCAAAGCGAUUCCUGCGACGAGAUGAUUCAACACGUGAAGGGGCUGAUUUUGCUGAAGCGUUGCAACGUGUUCGAUCGAACGAUCUCAGAGAUUAGCGCUUUUAAGAACGGCGAAGACACGAUCGUGCGAAUUUUCCGUUUCCUGGUCACCGAAUGUGACGGAGAAUUGACCUGCAGCGACUUGAGCGCGCAAAUGAUCGAGUAUCUGAGCACGCUGAUGGAGUUUCAGUUCUCGCAGCUCUCAUUGACGCUCGAGUCGCCGACAAUAUUGAUACCCGACGACACUCGGUCGAUGAUCGAGACGCUGGUGAAGCUGAUAUCCGACAACACCCCGAUAACCGGUCUCGACUCCGCGAGCAUCACGCACGGCGAGCACUUCCUGAACACGUUCAGGAGCGUGAUUUUCAAGUGCAUGCUGGCGAACACGAGCGCGAUCACGAUCGUGUUCGACAGCAUGUCGCGCAACAAUCCGUCCUUUCUGCUCAAGUGGAUCGAGGAUCUGUUGCUGUUUCUCAAACGGCGCAGACGAGAGUUGAGGGAUCACGUGGACACGGCGGUGAGGUCGAUUCUGCAGCAGUUCACGUGCCUGCAGUGCACCGUCGGCGAAAUUGACAGUCGCAGGGAGAGGCUGGUGAACAUCUACGGCGUUGCGGUGCAUCUCAGGUCGGAGAUCGCGCGCGAGUUUCCCGAGCUUCGCGAGUGGAUCUUGAGUCAGUUGAUCGGCAACGGCGAUCUCGAGUACAAGAUGCGGAUCCUGCGGAACUUCCUCGUCUGCCUGACGGACGCUCCGGACCGCGACGAUAAGAACUUGUCGGGGAUCCUGAAUACUCUGAGGACCAACGAAGCCGCGAAGCGGGUCAGCUGCUUCGAGAUACUGCUGACGCUGCUGUCGUCCACCAAGUCGAUAAUAACGCUCAAGUUCGCGAUACACUUCGCCGCCGGCGACGGCGCUCGUCUCUUCGACGAGAAGCUGGAAGAGCAUCUGCGCAAAUAUUAUCGCGGGACGUCCGGCGAACACGCUCUGCGCUCGCUCGAAAUGACCUAUCGCGAGUUCAUGAACACCGAGACGAAGGACGGGACGGAGAGACUCGACAUUCUGCGCGGCUUCCUCCUGCCGCCGUUCGAGUUCUGCGACGCGGUCGCGAUCGAGCGCUUCUUCGAGCAGAACGUCCUCGAGCUGGACAAAAUCACCAAGGAACCCGUCGACAACAACUGCGACGACGUCGCGAUAAAGCGGAGUCUUCUGUCGAAGAUUGGAUGCUUCCAGCUGAUCGCGACUAUGUUCGGCAGGGCGCAAAAUGUUCUCCACAAAAUCACGACCAAUAAAGUUUUGUAUAAGAGUCUGUUACAAAAUACCGUUUAUACGCGGGAUGUGCGGAUUCCACGAUGCAAGGAACUCGCGCGUCUGAUGCACUGCUCCGCGUACAACUGCUUCCUGGCGCUUAUAAGCGUGAAGGAGCGCGAGGAAUUUUACAAAAUGGCGUUCGGAAAGAAUACCGCUAAAAACAAAGCCGAUAACGUUUUCAUCUGGGAGAUCAUCGUGGACCGCGACAAGCGGUACAGACUCGGCCAGACCUUCACGGAGUAUCCGAAGAUCCGCGAGACCGUCGUGAGCGUCAAGUCCGCGGACGACGAGCGCGGUAUGCGCGGGAACUCGUACACGCACACCUUCGAUCUGUCAGCUUGCACGCUCAACGAAGACAUCAACGCCUACGAUUUCAACAGGUGCGUCGUGCUGCCGUACGGCUCUCGCUAUCUCGCGUCUCAGGGCUGGUCUCAGUGCUCGUGGCAGAGCGUGACGAGCGUCGCUUUGGAGAGCGACGAUUUCAACGAGCACGAGUGCAUGCCGCACGUUUGCGCUCUGCUGCGGCGCGCCAGACAAAUCUCGGGAUCGUGCGACAUAUCACCCCCGUGGCUGGAAUGCUUCCUGGCAGCCAUGACGUUAAAGGAGCCCAACAUCAAGUUGUUCUUGCUGAAGAUCAUCUCGAACACCGCCGAUGUGUUUAAGUACUACGCGAAAUUCGCGCUGACGCCGAUCAUCGAAUCCGCCGCCGCUUAUCUGCUCGAGAGAAAGCACGAUGUAAACUACAUCAUUACGGAUAUCCUCGAGAUACUGAUGGACACCGAGAUCGUGCCGAGCGACGCGAACGGCAGAGCACAGGCUCAGAGGCUCUUCGCGAGAUUCGUCGACAAAGUGAUGACGAAGAGAUCCGAGAUCGAUCACGUGAAUGACUACAAUUUCCGCUUGAUGAGCGACAUGGCGAAAAAAUGGCGCGACUGCUUGACAGUACCGAUCGAAUUCGCCGAGAAGAUGUCGUCCGCGCCGCAGGCCGCGGUGCACCUCAUCCUGGCAUUCUUCGAGACUGGCACAACGGAGGAGAUCAUAGUGAAGGAAGACGUCGUUAACUUUCUGCUGAAACACUUACCCGACUGGCACGGCGAGGCUAAGGCGGAAAAAAUGUCUCUGAAUUGCAGCAAGUGUCUCGGAUUGUACCUGAAGAUUCUGGACAACAUCGUUGACAACGAGAGCGAACGAGAGAACAGGAGACGCGCCCUGUCGGCGAGAAUCUCCAAUGUCCUCGGUGUUUCCCGGAAACCCGAACACUUGGCUAAGCAGGUGAAAUGCAUCGCCGCUCUCUGUCAAUUUUAUCCGGAAGCGGCCGCGAGUUACAUCGCCGUCGCGAUCAACGCCAUGGCCAAGAGGGUCGAGACGUCCGGUUGCUUGGAGAUAUUCCGGCUGGCGAUGCCGCAGCUCGGCGCGGAGGACGUCGUGGACCAUCUACGUCACAUGAGGCUGCAGCAAGUGCUGGAGAACCGAAUGCACUGCGAGAAGCUGGUGCUGCGCGUCGUCCACGACUUGGUGACGGUUCUUUCGCCGGUGGAUCUGCUGCCCUACGUGAAUCGGGCGAUUCCGUAUGUCAAGGACGGCAGCACGGAGUCGCGGGAGCUGGUUUACCAAAUACUUACGAACGUUUACAAGAGAUAUCUGACGUACAACGCGCUGGACGAUCAGGUGACCGUGCAGACUCUGCUGUCCGUCAGCGUGCAGAACUUGCUGGCCGGCCUGUUGGAUCCCUCUCGCGAUCUGCAGGAGAAGAUACUGCAUUUCUGGGCGGAGGAGACCGAUUUCAGCGCGCAGAGAUCGAAGGAUCGCUUGCUCGCGCUACUGGACAUGCGUUUGCCGCGCUGGACGACGUCGCAGGACGUCUUCGCGCUCUUCGUCGCACUGCUGAUGCUGCAGCUGUCCACCAAAUCGACGGAGUACAACAAGAAGAUAUUCGACGCGCCGUUGCACCGGAACUGCACCUUUCGGGAUCGCAGGAUAGAGAUUUCCUGCCAAAGACGGAAUCUCAGCAGCGUGACGCCGAUGUUCGUCAAGUCGUUCGCCUCCCAAAUGAUGACCUACGGCGCGUUCUCGCAAAGCGUCGACAGCGACGUCACGGCCGCGCAUUUCUCGCACGAUGCGGCGAAACCGCGCGCGAUGCAGGAUUGGCAGUUCGAGCCGACUCUCGACGAAGAGGCCGCCGCGAACGCCACUGCGGCGUUCAGUGCUUCGUCGCUCGACGCCGAAUUCGAUCGCGCGACAACCGCGCCGAACCGAUCCCGGCAAGAAACAAUUGCACGCGACAAAAGAUUUCCUAGAUUUUUGGCGAACAAGUCGGAGGUCUCGAAGGACAUGCGUAACAAAAAUUAUCGGAAGAAUAAGCAGCGGGCGGAAAUGAUGAAUCAGGAGACCGUCAGGCAAAGAAGCAGCGUGAAGCUGAAUAAUAAUUACAGAAGCGGAGAUUAUCCCGACAUCGAGAUCACUCAUUCGAGCUUCAUCGUGCCGCUUCAGCAGUUGAUCAAGCUGGAUCGGCUGUUCUGCAAACACGUGACUGUAUUUCUGCUCGAGUCGUUGAGCCAGGAGAUGAUUGAGAAGGAGAAUUCGGAGGAUUUCCGUCAAGCGAUCGUAGAAAAGCUGAAUCGAAUCCUGCAUAACUCGUGCGAUAGAGAGAGCUCCAUCAACGCCAUUAUUUUGGAGACAUUUCUAAACCUGAAAGUCACCAGCUGCGAUCCGCGUGAUAUAAUAAGAGCCUCAAAAACUAACGGCUUAGACGUCCUCGGCCUUUUUCUGCUGGAGCAUUUUCUGUCGAAUAUAUGGGACGAUGAUUCGUCGCCCACGUCGAGCAAGAAAAUGCGAGUGCAGGAUAAUUAUAUGGAAAAUGAAAAGAUCGACAGAUGGGCGCAACUGGCGUCUUUCUACAAAUCACUGAACGAUGUUGACGUCGUCCUGAGUAUUUUUCGAGAACGACAGUUCUUGGGCGAAGCCGUGCAGGAAGCGGCUCUCGCGGAAGCGAACGGCGAUUGGGCUCGAGCGAGGGACGCGUUUUCGAGAGCUUACGAGCAAAGCGGAAACUCGUCGAUGAAGGAACAUUGCUUGCAGGGGUUGCUCGAGGCUGUGAACAAUUUGUGCGACUGGUCGGAGAUCGAUCGGCUUGUGAAGAGCCGCUCAGCCGACAAAUUCCUGGGCGAUUUGUGGGACGACGCGUGGAAAGACUGGAUGAUCCCGUACGCUUUCGACGCCUACGUACACAUGACGGCGGAGGGCAUCUGGAAGGCCGACCAUGAUCUGACGAUCAUUCAGUCGUGGAUGUGCAAUGCGGAGAAAUUGGAGCAUCUCAAAUUUCUGAUAGGCGAGGAUUUGAUAAUCUUUUUAAUGAGAACAGAGCAGGACAAGGCCACCGAUCUGCUAAAUAAUCUUCUGGACAAGGCGGGGGAGCAGUGGAUCAGGUUGAGUCCUCUCUGCACCGAGUUGGGAAUACGCAAAUUGCAGAAGCUGCAGAUUAUGAACGAUCUCGACGCUUCGCUCAAGCCCCUUCGAUGCGCGAGGAUCAAUCAUUUGGACAGAAUGACCGCGCUAUUGAACUUCUGGUCGACGAAAAUGCCCAAGAUGCAAGACAAUCUCGUGCAGUGGAAUAAGCUAGCCGCCUGCCGAACGUACUCGUCAAUAUUGCUCGAGUAUAUGUGCGACGAGCUGUGGGGCGACGAGCUGUGGGGCGACGAGAAUAAGAGCGAGAUCAGACAGCGGAUGCGGCGGAUGAAUUUCCAGCUGCGAUUGGACAUCGGCGACGCCGCGCUGAAACAGAAGCACCGAUACAUCGCCGAGAAGCACUUGACUUACUUGAAGGGCGUUUGCAAUUUAGGCGAGGAGCUUCCGUUGAAAUGGUUCGAAGCCAGGACCAGGUACGUCGUCGCGGACGUUGAGACGGACGUGAGCAAGAAGAUGGCCGGUUACGCGGCUUCGUGGGAACACUCGCACUCUCUGUUGAAUGAGAGCGGCGAACUCGACGCCGGCCUCAGCACCGCCAUCCGGAAACAUAUCGGUGCGAUGGCUUCGAAGCUGGAAUCCUUGAGUGGAGAGGACGAGUUCGCGCAUGCGUUGAUGAGCAAAACCGCGAUCCUGCGGGACGUGGGAAUCGCGGAGCCGACGAGGGUCAAUCCGGACGACGUGAAGAGGCAGCUGUUGCAAUACAGCUUGAACAACUUCCGGCUCUGCUGCGAGCACGCAGCGGCGACCGACGUCGGCGAGCAUUACUGCGCCCUGGCGAGGCACUGCUACGGCAGGCUGAUCGUCGCGGAAAGCGACGGGAUGUUCCGGGAGUUCCUACAUUCCGUUCUGAAGUCGAUGAGUCACAGUUACUUCGAGGCGACGCAUUAUUUCCCCUGCUUGCUGCGACCCGAGCGCUUGCAGGACGAGCGGACGCGCGAGACGUUCGCUCGGGAGUGCGCCGAGUUGCAGCCGUGGUUGUUCCUGCGCUGGCGGGACCUGCUGUUCUCUCAUCUGGGAACUUGGUCGAUCGCGGACUUGGUGCGGCCGAUCGUCGAGCGGCUCGCCGAGAAAUAUCCCGACGCGAUCGCCUACACGUAUCACCACGCGGUCGAGAGAAACCCCGAGGCUCUGCAAGACGGCAGAGCACAGCGGAUACGCUCGCUCUUGGGCGACAAGGCGGAGCGGUACAAGCGGAUCUUGCAGGCGAUACAGUACGUGGCGCAACCGUUACUGUACCUGAAGUAUCACGUCGACGAACUGACGAAGGAGCUGUCUCGAGGAAACGCCACGAUGGUCGAAUCGUUAUGGCGGAGAGUCUCUUCGAUUCUCGACGCUCAGGCGAUGAACAAACCUCGGCCCGGCAAGAGCUACGAUAAAAUUACCAAGUUUGUGAAGACGAUAAAAGCCUUGGAUCUUAAUAAUCGCGACGCCGUGCGAGAAGAGUUGGAAAGAAUGAAGCGGGAUCUAAUGCCCUUCUUGGAAAACUUAAAAGGAGGAAGGCACGAGCUGAGUGAUUUCAGUCCGUUCUUGCUCGAGUUCACCGGCGACGAUAUCGAGAUACCCGGACAAUAUUCCGACGAUGGGCAGCCCAUGCCGCGUUAUCACGCGAAGCUCGCGGGCUUCGAACCGGAUGUGACGAUCAUGCCGUCGCUGCGCAAGCCGAUUCGCAUCGGCAUGAUCGGCGACGACGGCAGGAAAUACAAAUUCCUGGUGAAGUUCGGCGAGGAUCUGACGAUAGACCGCGGUCUGCAGCAGCUGUUCGCCACCAUGAACAGAACGUUGCGCAAUGACGUCAGCUGUGGACAAAGACGCUUAGCCGUGGACACGUAUGAGGUGAUUCCGCUGUCGAGAUCGUUCGGUCUCAUACAAUGGAUUGAGGACACGAAGUCCCUGGAGGAUCUCAUACAAUUCAGCCUGUCGCAGAAAGACAAUGCUCAAUGCGAGGGCAUUCGCAAGAAUUACUCGGAGUGGAUAAGGAAGGCGGCGCCGGUGAAAUGUCGAAUCCCCGAUCUGUAUAAAGAAGCCGUAUCCAAGUACAGCCAGCAAGAGGUCACGAAGAAGAUGGAGCACCUUAUCACCAGGACGAAACAAACGGCUCUGCGCCAAACGUUCGUCACAGUCAGCUCGUCGUCCGAGUGUUUCGUGACGUUGCGACGCAACUUCAUCGCGAGUUACGCGACGAUGUGCGUGGCGCAUUGGCUCGCAGGCGUCGGCGAUCGUCAUCUGCAGAACACCCUGGUGCGCGCCACCGGGCGAUGCCUGGGCAUCGAUUUCGGCCACGCUUUCGGCGCCGGCAUACGCGCGCCCGUACCGGAACUCGUGCCGUUCCGCCUAACACCGCAGAUACUCAAGUUGCUGCAACCCUUCACCGAGCGCGACCUCCUGGCGACGAUCAUGAUCCACGCGAUGCGAGCUCUGCGCAACGAUCGAGGCCCGAUUCUCGCUUGCAUGGAUAUCUUCAUUCACAAACCCGCCAAUCGGUCGGCGAUGAUCAACGACGACGAAGGCAAUGCGGAUAUCGACGCAGACUCAACAUGGUCGUUCAGGAAAAAUAUCGAGAUAGUUGCGCAAAAAUUAAAUGGCAUCCAUCCGUCGUUCAUCACGUUAAAGCAAUUGAAAGAAGCGCAUGACAAUGAGUACUUUAUGAGAUAUCGUGCCAUUGUCUCCGGUGAAGAUGGGCCUAAACAAGCACGAGCAAAUAUGAAGAAUAAUUACUUGACACCUGCCGAGCAGGUGGAUUGUUUGUUAGAUCAAGCAAGAGAUUUAAAUAUCUUGGGUCGCAUGUACGUAAAUUGGCAACCUUGGCUGUGAUACUAUUGUGAUACAUAUAGCAAUAUGUCCAAUCACAAUUUAUGAAGAGCACAAAGUUCCAUUUAUAAGUAUUUUUUUGUAUACACAUACAAACGUCCAAGGAUAUUGUUUAUUUGUAUUAAAGGUAAGAAACUAA